AUGAUUACGAUUGACUUUUUUCUUAAGUUGGUUACUUUGCCAUAUACUGUGACCAAGACGGUGUUGCAGUAUUAUACUGUUGGGACGGUGUAUUCGCGUACCAAUCGGGAGUUCCAGGGGUCGUUGUGGAAGAAUGUGUUGUUGUCGGUGCAGUACCAUGUUUCGGGCAACUAUAAGAAACAGAAUAUCAAGGCGGUGGUGUACCAGCCCAUUGAGAGGGUCAUUGCCAAGUUUAAGAAACACCCGUUGGCUUUGGCGUUGAACCAUUUUGGGGAGAAGUUUGAUGAGUAUAGUUUUUGGAUCCACAAGUCGGAGGACCCAAAUGCCAAGGUGUUGAUUUAUAUUCAUGGUGGUGGGUACUUGUUGAACAUGUUUGAGUCGCAGUUUGUUUUUGUUGCUGCGUUGCACUAUGCGUUGGAUGAUCGUGCUGCAGAGAAGACGUCGAUUUUGGUGGUGGACUAUUCGUUGACGAUGUUUGAUUCUGUGUACCCGACACAGUUGUAUGAGCAUUUAGUUACGUAUCACAAUUUGGUGGCUCAGGGGUAUAAGGAGAUUAUGUUGUUGGGCGACUCUGCUGGAGCCCACAUGUCGUUGAGUUUAGCACGAGCCAUUGCGUAUCCUGAGGAAGUGGAAGACCAGUUGGCCCGCCAUGGGUUUAAGGUUGGGUUUAGUGUUGGCGACUUGCCGCAACCGGAGACGUUGAUAUUAGUUUCGCCGUGGGUGCAACCAUGUACCGAGCCCAAACUUCCGCCAAGACACGGGUGUGACGUGUGGGGCGAUUUGGGUGCACAAGAUACUACCAUGGGAGAGUUGUAUGCCGGUGAUAACGAUAAGCUGGUGAUUAACAAUUUCUUGACGUUUACGAAUACGACAUGGGCCGAGCACUGGAAGGAGGUGGCUGCGUUGAACAACGGCAAUACGUUAAUGAUUGUAGGAGAGAGAGAGGUGUUGCGUGAUGGGGUUGACGACUUUUACGAGAUUAUCAAGGGCAGUGUUGAGUAUUAUACUGAGCCCGGUGGGAUACAUGCUGGGUUGGUUUAUGUUGAGAGCUUGGAUUAUGUUAGCAAACACGGGGCGCAGAGAGCAAUUGAGGGGGAUUUCACGGAUAAGUUUGCAUAUAAUUUAGUGGCAAAGUUUAUUAAUGAGCGAGUAUAG